AUGGAACCUGGCCCCACCCUGGCCUGGCUCCUGCUCCUGAGCCUGCUGGCCGACUGCCUGAAAGCUGCUCAGUCUCGAGACUUCACGGUCAAAGACAUCAUCUACCUCCAUCCUUCAACCACACCAUAUCCUGGAGGAUUUAAAUGUUUCACCUGUGAAAAGGCAGCUGACAAUUAUGAAUGCAACCGAUGGGCGCCGGACAUCUAUUGCCCUCGAGAGACCCGAUACUGCUACACUCAGCACACGAUGGAAGUCACGGGGAACAGUGUGUCUGUCACUAAGCGCUGCGUGUCGCUGGAAGAGUGCUUGUCCACUGGCUGCAGAGACUCCGAGCAUGAAGGCCACAAGGUCUGCACUUCCUGUUGUGAAGGAAAUAUCUGUAACUUGCCGUUGCCCCGCAAUGAAACUGAUGCUACGUUUGCCACCACCUCACCUAUAAAUCAGACAAACGGGCACCCACACUGUGUGUCCAUGAUUGUGUCCUGCUUGUGGGUAUGGCUAGGACUCACGUUAUAGCAGCUGUGUGGCACCAUUCAUGUAUGGUUGCAAUCCCUGAGGAUCUUGUUGAUCCACACUCACACUCCAAU